AUGCAAUAUCACCCAGCGCACGUUCCUAUUCCCUCCUGGAGCCUUCAUCCGCCGGUCAAAUUAACCUUCGGUGCCGACGGGAGGGGGCCUGUGUGGGCCAAUCAGCAGGUGAUUAGGCCGGGGGUGGGAGGGGUGAGGGGUCACUGCGAUGGGGCCAUCACAUCCAGAGGGCGGACCAUGACGUCUGAAUGGUGGCCCCUUUCAAAUGGCAGCUUUGGCAACUACACUGGAUGUUUCAACUCCAACCAGAGCAGUGUUCUGUACGGAAACAACUUUGGAGGAAUUCCAAUUGUACUUUUUAUAGACUUCUGUGUCUUUUUGUUCCUUUUGAUCCUUUUCUCUUUUAUACGUAAAAAAUUCUGGGACUUUGGGCGUUUAGCGUUGGUUGCUGAAAAUGAAGAGUUUACUGAAUAUGGACAUCGCAACUACGGUCGCAUGUCAUCCUUUAUGUCAAGCACAGAUGAACACGACCAUGAAUUGGGCUUUUGCUCCUGGGUGCCUUACAUUGUCAGAAUGGAGGACGAAAAAAUUAAAGACAGAUGUGGCGUAGAUGCGACAAAUUACCUCUCCUUUCAACGCAAUCUGAUCUUGUUACUUACUAUCAUGACUAUCACCUCCCUUGGGAUUAUUUUGCCUGUGCACUUGUCUGGGGACCUUUUAGAAAACAACCCUCUAAAUUUUGGAAGGACCACCAUAGGCAACCUGCAAAGGGGGAACAAGCUGCUAUGGCUCCACACAGUCUUCGCAGUGCUUUACUUGAUUCUGACGGUUGUUUUUCUACGACGGCAUACUUCACAGAUGAAAGACACGCGGAAAGAAAUAGCUAGAAAUGCAUUGUUUGUGACUUCAGUGCCAAAAACAGCCACAGAGGAUGCAGUAAGGUCUCAUUUUACAGAGGCGUACCCGACCUGCCGCGUGUGUGAUGUGACGCUGGGCUUUGAUGUGUCCAAACUCAUGCACCUUGAUAAAGAGAGCCUGUAA